AUGGAUGCUGGAUUACAGAUGAACAGCCAGCUCAGGCAAAAUGAUUUGCCCAAUGGUGCGAGGAUCGAUGAUAAAGGAAAACUUUCCUCCUAUCCCCCUUUGACUGUGAAUCCAUGUGCAAGAGCAAAGGUUAUCAGAUCAAUCUUUCUAUUGAUAAUACCAUGGUUUAAAGUUGUGAACCUGGUCAUCUAA